AUGAAUAACAUUCUAUGCUGGAACAUCCGAGGUCUCAAUAAGGCUAGGAAACAACAAGAGUUAGCAAACUUUAUUGCGAAUCAUAAUGUAAGCCUGUUUGGAUUCCUGGAGACUAAGGUAAAGAGGAAUGCUCUCGGACCUCUUUAUCUACGGCUUUGUAACAAUUGGUGCUUCACCCACAAUCUCGUUUGGCAUAAAGGUGGUUGUAUCAUAAUUGGAUGGAAGGGUGAGGAAAUGAAGGUAAGCAUUCGUGAAUGCAAUAGUCAAGUGAUCCAUUUGGAGGUACAUCCACUAAAUGGGACUACAUUCUUUUGUUCAUUUGUGUAUGGAGCUACAGCUCCACAAGAAAGACUACAAUUAUUCCAGCAGCUAGAGAGUAUUGGCAAUCACAUGAAUAGACCUUGGAUCAUUCUGGGAGACUUCAACUGUGUUGCCGGGAUGGAUGAGCGAAUUGGUCAUGAAGCUAGAUUUCACGAAACGACGCAUCUUCAAAAUUGUAUGUUUAAUUGUGGAGUUCACGACAUCAAAUUUAGUGGACGCAUCUUCACAUGGUCAAACAAAAGGGUAGGCCAAAGUAGAGUCAUGUUUAAACUAGAUAGAGUGCUUGGCAAUCAACACUGGGAUGAUUCCUUUAAUGAUGUUGAAGUCAUUUUCCUCCCCGAAGAUGAUUAUGACCACACACCUAUGCUAGUAAGGUUCAUUAAGGCUCAGUCUGGUAAAAAACUCUUCCGCUUCUUCAACAUGUGGGCUCAUAAUGAUAAAUUUCUGGAUAUGGUGAAAGAGAAAUGGACUAAACCAAUGCAGGGGAUCGCAAGCUAUCAAAUAAACCAAAAGCUACAAAAUUUGAAGAGAGUGUUCAGAAAUAAUUUCCAUACCAAUCAAACACAUAAUUUGCUAAGGGAGACCAAUCAGCAGCUGGAGCAGGUUCAAAAUCUCAUCCAUCUUCACCCUCUAGACCCUAAUCUAACGGACAAAGAGAGCAUGUUGUUAGGCCAAAUAAGAAAACUGAAGGACUAUUCCUCCUACCUCUCUCGACGGGCAAAAAUCUCUUCGAUUCAACAUGGAGAUGAUAAUACCAAAUACUUCCACGACUGCAUUAAACAAAGAAGAAGUCUUAACAAGAUUCACACUCUCCAACUUCAAGAAGAAAUUAAGGAGGCUCUAUGGAGUAUUCCAAUUGAUAAGAGUUCAGGUCUUGAUGGCUACAACAGUGGUUUCUAUAGAGCCGCUUGGCCGAUAAUUGGCCCUGAUGUCACAAAAGCUAUCCAAAUGUUCUUUGAGGAUGGCAAGAUGCUCAAAGCUUGGACUAUCACAACAGUUACCCUCAUCCCUAAAAGCACCAAUGCAAAUACUCCCGGCGACUUUCGUUCGAUCUCAUGUUGUCAUGUACUAUACAAGUGCAUCACCAAGCUGAUAUGUGCUAGACUUAGGGGAGUGCUCGAGGAUAUUAUUAGCCCUACUCAGGGCGCAUUUGUAGCAAAGCGAAGUAUUCUCCACAACAUUGUUCUCUGUCAGGACUUAGACGCUAUGGCAGGAAAAAUUGUUCUCCUAGCUGUUUAA